AUGCCAGUGCUUACUGUCCUGGUGACUUUGCCCUGGCUAUUCCCCACAAGGUGUGCAAGGCAAUUUUCUAAUUACACGACAGAGUGUAGUGUAGCGCCUACAACUUUACAGCCAGUUGCCAAGGCUCUUUACUGCUUUGAUGUAUUACACACAGUCUCUGUGACGCUCUGUGUGAGUUCGUAA